AGGGAGAGAGGAGUUGCGCCUCUGCCGUUGGGAGCUCCACCUCCGUGGUUCUCGGUCCUGGGCCCCGGCCUGUGGCGGCGAGCGGCGGCCACUGGAGGCAGGCGGCGGCGGCGACGGCAGGCGGCCCCGCCCGGGUGUCCCUCGCUUCGUACAGGGCCCGGAGACGGGAAUCCGCCAUAUUGGAGCCGGAGCCGAAGGUGCCUUGGAGCCGCGGCGCGAGGGUGGAGGUGGCGGCCCUGGCCUGGAUCGGGGAGGAGUCAGCUCUGCCCGGGCCCGCAAGGCUGGGGAGUGAAUGAGCCGCUCGGGCUAGUCUCCUCCCCGCCCACUCCCUCCACUUUCCGCCGCCGGGAUCCGACCGGGAGCUGGCUGUGGCGGCGUCAGCGGCAGGAUGUUCUCCAAGAAGCCGCACGGGGACGUGAAGAAGUCUACCCAGAAGGUGCUAGACACCAAGAAGGACGCGCUGACCCGCCUCAAGCACCUGCGCAUCGUCAUCGAGAAUGCAGAAUCUAUUGAUCUUAAACAGUUUUUUGACCAACAUUUUUCACAUAUAUACUAUGUGUUCUUUGAAAAUUUUGUGACUAUUGAAGCUAGUCUUAAACAGAAAGGUCACAAGUCUCAAAGGGAGGAAUUGGAUGCUAUACUUUUUAUUUUUGAGAAAAUUUUACAACUUCUUCCAGAAAGAAUUCAUCAGCGAUGGCAGUUUCAUAGUAUUGGAUUGAUUUUAAAGAAACUACUCCACACAGGAAACUCUUUAAAGAUUAGACGGGAAGGUGUUCGUCUUUUCUUAUUAUGGUUGCAAGCUCUUCAGAAUAAUUGUAGCAAAGAACAACUCUGGAUGUUUUCAUGCUUAAUCCCUGGAUUUUCAGCACCACAAUCUGAGCACGGACCUCGGACUCUAGAUAAUCUCAUUAAUCCACCACUCAACCUUCAAGAAACUCAAGUCACUAUAGAGGAAAUCACUCCUCUUGUCCCCCCACAAUCAGGAGAUAAAGGACAAGAAGAUCUCACAAGCUAUUUUCUUGAAGCACUUUUAAAGUACAUAGUAAUUCAGGUAAAAAGUUUAGAAUGGAAGAACAAAGAAAACCAAGAAAGGGGAUUUUCAUUUUUGUUUUCACAUUUUAAGAAAUAUUACUUGCCUUACAUUUUUCCAAACAUCUGCAAGGAGAACAGUUUAUAUCAUCCUAUACUUGAUAUCCCACAGAUGAGACCAAAGCCACAUUAUGUCAUGAUAAAGAAAGAUGCUGAAACCAAUGAAGCAAUCUAUUGUAUAAAGGAGCCUUUCAUUAACGCUCGUGUUAUUGUCAUUCGUUGGCUAGUUUCUUUCUGGCUGGAACCAAAACCACAUACAGGACCUCAUAUUCCUGGGAUGGAAGGUGAAGUCUUGCCAAAGAAUAUUCAGAGGGCAGCUGCUAGUUUGGUAUCCAGAGAAGAAAACAAAAAUGAUAAUGCUGAUAAAGCAGACAGAACUACAGAACCAGAACAGUCUCAUUCCAAUACAAGCACUCUCACAGAGCGAGAACCUAGCUCAUCUAGUCUCUGUAGUAUUGAUGAAGAACAUCUCACAGACAUUGAAAUAGUUCGCAGAGUUUUUUCUUCUAAAAGAAGUAAUGUAAAUUUUGUCACAGAGAUAUUUCGUCAGGCAUUUUUAUUACCAAUUUGUGAAGCAGCAGCUAUGAGAAAAGUGGUAAAAGUAUAUCAAGAAUGGAUCCAGCAAGAGGAAAAGCCUUUGUUCAUGCAAGAGCCUGAAGAAAUUGUAAUCACUUCUUCAAACCUCCCUUGUAUUGAAAAUGUCACAGACCAUGAUAUUUCAAUGGAAGAAGGAGAAAAAAGAGAAGAGGAAAAUGGGACUAAUAUUGCUGAUCAUGUUCGAAAUUCCAGUUGGGCAAAAAAUGGCUCCUACCAAGAUGCUCUGCAUAAUGCCUCUGAAGAAGCCACAGAACAAAACAUACGAGCUGGUACCCAGGCAGUUUUGCAGGUGUUUAUUAUAAACUCAUCAAACAUUUUUCUUCUUGAACCUGCAAAUGAAAUAAAAAAUCUUCUGGAUGAGCACACAGAUAUGUGUAAACGCAUUCUUAACAUCUAUCGGUACAUGGUUGUGCAAGUAUCAAUGGACAAAAAGACUUGGGAACAGAUGCUGCUUGUGUUGCUCAGAGUCACCGAGUCUGUACUGAAGAUGCCAUCACAAGCUUUUCUACAGUUCCAGGGGAAAAAAAAUAUGACUUUGGCAGGUCGACUUGCAGGACCACUUUUCCAGACACUUAUAGUUGCCUGGAUCAAAGCAAAUCUAAAUGUGUACAUCUCCCGAGAACUUUGGGAUGACUUAUUAUCAGUAUUGUCAUCGUUGACCUAUUGGGAAGAGUUGGCCACUGAGUGGUCACUGACAAUGGAGACAUUAACUAAAGUUUUAGCUAGGAAUUUAUAUAGUUUGGAUCUCAGUGAUUUACCAUUGGAUAAACUGAGUGAACAGAAGCAAAAAAAGCACAAAGGGAAAGGAGUCGGACAUGAAUUUCAGAAAGUUUCAGUUGACAAGUCUUUUUCUAGAGGAUGGAGUCGUGAUCAGCCUGGCCAAGCCCCAAUGAGACAGAGAAGUGCAACAACCACUGGUUCCCCAGGAACCGAAAAGGCAAGGAGUAUAGUACGGCAAAAAACUGUUGAUAUUGAUGAUGCUCAAAUACUUCCCCGCUCAACUAGAGUCAGACAUUUUUCACAAAGUGAAGACACUGGAAAUGAAGUUUUUGGUGCUUUGAGUGAGGAGCAGCCAUUGCCUCGAAGUAGCAGCACUUCUGACAUCUUGGAACCAUUCACUGUUGAACGAGCCAAAGUCAAUAAAGAGGACAUGAGCCCAAAACUGCCUCCUCUUAAUACUGAUAUUGGCAGCAGCAGUGCUAAUGUUCCUGAUCUGAUGGAUGAGUUUAUAGCAGAACGACUUCGAAGUGGUAAUGCCUCAACUAUGACAAGAAGAGGAAGUAGUCCAGGCAGCCUCGAAAUUCCCAAAGACCUCCCUGAUAUUCUAAACAAACAGAACCAGAUGCGCCCUGUUGAUGACCCAGGUGUGCCCUCGGAAUGGACUUCUCCUGCCAGUGCAGGAAGCAGUGAUCUUAUCAGCUCAGAUAGUCAUUCGGAUUCGUUCAGCGCUUUCCAAUAUGAUGGCCGAAAAUUUGACAAUUUUGGCUUUGGAGCUGACACUGGGAUUGUAUCCUCUACUGAUGUGGAUUCAGGUUCUGGACAUCACCAGAGUGCUGAAGAGCAGGAAGUGGCUAGUCUAACUACUCUUCAUAUAGAUUCUGAAACAAGCAGUCUUAAUCAACAAGCUUUCUCUGCUGAAGUUGCAACAGUUACUGGUUCAGAAAGUGCUUCCACAGUCCAGUCGCCUCUGGGAUCCAGGUCACAGACACCUUCCCCUUCUACAUUGAACAUAGAUCACAUGGAACAGAAGGAUCUACAGCUUGAUGAGAAGCUUCACCACUCUGUUCUUCAGACACCAGAUGAUCUAGAAAUCAGUGAAUUUCCAUCUGAAUGUUGUAGUGUGAUGGCAGGCGGUACUCUUACUGGAUGGCAUGCUGAUGUUGCUACUGUAAUGUGGCGAAGAAUGCUAGGCAUUUUGGGAGAUGUCAAUGCAAUUAUGGAUCCUGAAAUACAUGCUCAAGUUUUUGAUUACCUCUGUGAACUUUGGCAGAAUCUAGCUAAGAUUAGAGAUAACCUCGGCAUUUCAACCGAUAACCUGACCUCCCCCUCUCCACCAGUUUUGAUUCCUCCACUUAGAAUUCUUACGCCUUGGCUUUUUAAGGCAACCAGGUUGACUGAUAAAUAUAAACAAGGUAAAUUACAUGCUUAUAAACUUAUUUGUAAUACAAUGAAAAGAAGACAAGAUGUAUCUCCAAAUAGAGAUUUUCUAACACAUUUCUACAAUAUAAUGCAUUGUGGAUUACUUCAUAUUGAUCAGGAUAUUGUCAAUACAAUCAUCAAACACUGCUCACCUCAGUUUUUUUCACUUGGUUUGCCUGGAGCCACAAUGCUUAUUAUGGAUUUUAUUGUAGCAGCUGGUAGAGUGGCUUCUUCAGCUUUUCUCAAUGCACCAAGAGUAGAAGCACAAGUUCUCCUGGGAUCUUUGGUUUGCUUUCCCAACUUAUAUUUUGAACUGCCAGCUCUCCAUCCCAACAUUCCUGAUAUUGCUGUAUCUCAGUUUACAGAUGUUAAGGAACUUAUAAUCAAAACUGUAUUAAGCUCAGCAAGAGAUGAGCCCUCUGGUCCUGCACGAUGUGUAGCACUUUGCAGUUUAGGUAUUUGGAUUUGUGAAGAACUAGUCCAUGAGUCUCAUCAUCCUCAAAUAAAGGAAGCUCUGAAUGUAAUUUGUGUUUCCUUAAAGUUUACUAAUAAAACAGUAGCUCAUGUAGCUUGUAACAUGCUUCACAUGCUGGUUCAUUAUGUACCUAGACUUCAGAUUUACCAGCCUGAUUCUCCCUUAAAAAUUAUUCAAAUCCUAAUAGCCACUAUCACCCAUCUGUUGCCAAGUACAGAAGCAUCGUCUUAUGAAAUGGACAAGAGGUUGGUAGUAUCUUUACUUCUCUGCCUUUUGGACUGGAUCAUGGCCUUACCUCUAAAGACACUGCUCCAACCAGUUCAUGCUACAGGAGCAGAAAAUGAUAAAACAGAAAAAUCUGUCCUCAAUUGCAUCUAUAAGGUUUUACAUGGGUGUGUUUAUGGAGCUCAGUGUUUUAGCAACCCAAGGUAUUUUCCAAUGAGCCUCUCUGAUUUGGCCUCUGUAGAUUAUGAUCCUUUUAUGCAUUUGGAAAGUUUGAAAGAGCCCGAACCUCUACACUCUCCUGAUUCGGAACGAUCUUCUAAACUCCAGCCAGUAACAGAAGUGAAAACUCAAAUGCAACAAGGAUUAAUCUCUAUAGCAGCCCGCACUGUUAUUACACAUCUGGUGAAUCACUUGGGCCAUUAUCCAAUGAGCGGUGGUCCUGCUAUGUUAACAAGUCAGGUGUGUGAAAAUCAUGACAAUCAUUACAGUGAAAGCACUGAACUUUCUCCUGAACUCUUUGAGAGUCCAAAUAUCCAGUUCUUUGUGUUAAACAAUACAACCUUAGUGUCCUGUAUCCAGAUCAGGUCAGAAGAGAAUAUGCCUGGAGGAGGUUUAUCUGCUGGCCUUGCAUCAGCCAAUUCAAAUGUCAGAAUCAUAGUACGUGAUCUCUCUGGAAAAUAUUCAUGGGAUUCUGCCAUACUGUAUGGACCACCUCCUGUAAGUGGCUUAUCAGAACCUAUACCUUUCAUACUUUCAUUGUCUCACCAAGAAAAGCCAGAAGAGCUUCCUACAUCUAAUGAAUGCUUACAAGAUAUAACAGCCAAAGAUGGACUUUCCCUCCAGUUUAAAAGAUUUAGAGAAACUGUACCAACCUGGGAUACAAUAAGAGAUGAAGAAGAUGUUCUUGACGAGCUCUUGCAGUAUUUGGGUGUUACUAGUCCUGAAUGCUUACAGAGAACUGGAAUUUCACUUAAUAUUCCUGCUCCACAACCUGUGUGCAUUUCUGAAAAACAGGAAAAUGAUGUUAUUAAUGCUAUCCUUAAGCAACAUACAGAGGAAAAAGAAUUUGUCGAGAAGCACUUUAACGACUUAAAUAUGAAAGCUGUGGAACAAGAUGAACCAACACCUCAAAAACCUCAGUCAGCGUUUUAUUAUUGCAGAUUGCUUCUUAGUAUAUUGGGAAUGAAUUCCUGGGACAAACGGAGGAGCUUUCAUCUCCUGAAGAAAAAUGAAAAGCUUCUUAGAGAACUUAGGAACUUGGAUUCAAGGCAGUGCCGAGAGACACACAAGAUAGCAGUAUUUUAUGUUGCUGAAGGACAAGAGGACAAACACUCCAUUCUCACCAAUACAGGAGGAAGUCAAGCUUAUGAGGAUUUUGUAGCUGGUCUUGGUUGGGAGAUAAAUCUUACAAACCAUUGUGGUUUUAUGGGAGGACUACAAAAAAACAAAAGCACUGGAUUGACCACUCCAUAUUUUGCUACCUCUACAGUAGAAGUGAUAUUUCACGUAUCAACAAGAAUGCCUUCUGAUUCUGAUGAUUCUUUGACCAAAAAAUUGAGACAUUUAGGAAACGAUGAAGUGCACAUCGUUUGGUCAGAGCAUACUAGAGACUACAGGAGAGGAAUUAUUCCUACAGAAUUUGGUGAUGUCCUUAUUGUAAUAUAUCCAAUGAAAAAUCACAUGUUCAGUAUCCAGAUAAUGAAAAAACCAGAGGUUCCCUUCUUUGGUCCACUUUUUGAUGGUGCAAUUGUGAAUGGAAAGGUUCUACCCCUUAUGGUUAGAGCAACAGCUAUAAAUGCAAGCCGUGCUCUGAAAUCACUGAUUCCAUUGUAUCAAAACUUCUAUGAGGAGAGAGCACGGUACCUGCAAACAAUUGUCCAGCACCAUUUAGAGCCAACAACCUUUGAAGAUUUUGCAGCACAGGUUUUUUCUCCAGCUCCCUACCAUCAUUUACCAUCUGAUGCCGAUCAUUAAAUAUCAGUUCUGUUUAUCUGAAGGCUCCUACCCAGAGAUUCUACCCAGUGAAACUCCCACAGCAACGCAGGUAGAUGGGGCUGACCUGGCCUCUCCAAUGUCUCCUCGAACUAGCAAAAGCCGCAUGUCCAUGAAGCUGCGUCGUUCCUCUGGCUCAGCCAAUAAAUCCUAAGGAGACAAGCAGCCCAACAACAGUGAUCAGCAGUAGCCACCUUAGCGCAGAUCAUAGGGUUAACUCUUUCAGGCCUUCAUGUCUGCCAUAACAUGCAUGUUUCUUCUUGUACAUUUGAGAAAACACUGGAUUUAAAUAAUUUGUAGCUUAAUAUUUUAGAUUUGGGUUAUUUAUUGUUUGUUUUUAUCCCCACACUCCAAGCUGCCAUGUUUUCAGGGGGAGGAGUUUUACUGUACACCCUUUACCUUCCUAGAUAAUUAUGUCUAAGUAGUUUUACCUUUAAUUUCAUGAUUAACUAGCCAAAAGAUAAUUGGACAAAUAUUCUCAUUAUUUUAUUUAUUGUGCCUAAUUGCAACUUUAUGGCUCAAUAAAUAUAAUUUUUUUACAAAUAUAAAAUUUUAAAUUUAAGCAUUUGUAAAGCUAUAGCAAAAGUUGCAAAUCUGUUAAUACACAGGAUAUGUACAGACUAUUUAUGUUAUGAAAAUAAAACACUCAAAUGGUCUUUUAGCAUCUCAAAUUCCAACUGAAAUAAUUUUAGUAUUAACUUUUUCUUCCCAAAGCAAUGUCUCAUCUCUUGGCUGUGCAGGUGAUGCCCUGGUAUAUCCAAUAACUAGAAAAAUCAAUCAGUGUGCUGAACUUUAAUUUAUGUUUAGCUUCCAUAUAUUUUUCUAAUAUUUUGUUUUUUAAGUGGUAUCACUGUUAAAUGCCAUUUCUGUUUUGAGAUUGUGGCCCUUUAUUAUUGGCUGCUAGAUCCUGGUGUAUCUUUGUUCUUUCUUGAGUACCAAAAAAAGGGGGGGAGAAAAGAAGGAAAAAAACUUUUCUGAUAUAAAUAUGUUGCUCAAAUUAUGUAUAUUAUUGAAAAAGAAAAGGAAACAUGACCCAGGAGUCUUAUGUUAAAUCUAAUAUUGUUAAUACUGAACUUGCAGGUGCAGGUUGGUAUACAUUCCACACUCCAGAAAUAUUUUCCUACAGUAAAUAAGCUACUCACAUUUCGUUUUGAAUGGGCAUCUCCUAAGGAAAUGUAGCAUGAUGUCGGUACUAACUGCAUGUGUAAAUACAUCAUACUGGCAAACCAUAAAAUAUAAAUUAUGUAUCAUCAUUCACAUAGCAUCUACAAAUUUGUAACAGUGGGGAAAAAAGAUGACAUGGUAUUUAAUAAUACAAUAAAAAUAUUCUUAUCACUUCCU